CGGAGCUUCCGCUUCCUGCGCUUCAAGAGCUCCAAACCAUCAACCCCCAGUCCCAAUCCAACACCACAGCUCGGGAGCCCAGAGCCCUCGCUCUCUCUCUCACAGCGCAUGCGCAAGCUCUCCCGCGAGUAUGGCUGGACAGUCGUGGGCGUCUAUGGCCUCCUCACGGUGCUGGAUUUUCCGUUCUGCUAUAUGGCGGUGAAGCUGCUUGGGACCGAUCGCAUAGGGCGGUACGAGCACGCUGCAAUAGAAGCUUUCUGGAGCCUAGUGCAUAUACCAUUUCCAGAUGUGCACAAGAAAAAGGAAGCUAUCGGCGGAGAAGGCUCAUUAGAGGCCACAGCACGAGAGGGCGAAGUAGUCACGGAGGCUGCUGUAUCCAAAACCGAAGCAACGAUCUGGACUACGCUCGCCCUCGCAUACGCUGUCCACAAAUCCUUGAUCUUCAUUCGAGUUCCCUUGACCGCUGCAGUGACUCCGAAAGUUGUCAAGACACUAAGGGGCUGGGGAUGGAAUAUUGGCAAGAGGAAGCCGAAG